GUCCGAGGUAAACAACAGCAUGUGAAUCACGAUGAUUUGAUUCUAUGGAUCAUAAAAAGGCUUCAGUUGCGCCUGCAACAAAUAACACACCAUUACCACCAUCAUCAUCACAUCUAAACAGCAUUCCAACUUACCAACACAUUUCAGAAUUAACUUUGACCACAGUCAAUACACAAUCAGCACAAUGUCUUUCGCCGAUCUUUCGAAGAGCUUGAGCGACAUCGAGCGCAAGGUCAACAAGUCGAUCAAGAUUCUCGGCAAGGGCAAUGACAUGAACUACAAGGAUGCCAUCAAGCUGGGCACCAAGUCAAACUCAAUCGUCAGCACGAUCAACAAGGGUAUCAAGGACUACUCGACCUUCACUCCCUCCGAAGACGAAGCCAAGAAGCUUCUGGGCCAGAUGAAUACCAUCGUCGACCUCACCGAGACUCAGCUUAAUGCCAUGGUGUCGAACCAGGCUCGUUUCGAGAGCUUGAAGGUUGGUGGUCUCGUGAAGAAGAACGUCACCAAGACCGAGGCUGCUGGCAAGGAACUUUCUGCGGUCAUGAUUUCCAAGGCCCCUGCAAGCAUCAAGGGAGAUGCCGAGGCGCUUGAGAAGAGGCGCGAGGCUGCUUUCAACAAGGCAUCUGGAGCUUUUGCUGGGUCUACAGGCGGCGAGGACGAGCAACUCGGAGACGAUUCCGACUAA